AGCCACCCCACCGCAGCUGUUACUAACAACUAACCCUCCCUCCCGGUUACUAUAAAAGGCGCAGCUUGGAGCUCCCCCGUUCCCAGCCUUCAUCCUUGAGCCCUUUGCUGUCGGAUCGAGGAACCUCUGCAGCAUGCGUGAGUGCAUUUCCGUCCACGUCGGCCAGGCCGGUGUGCAGAUCGGCAACGCCUGCUGGGAGCUGUACUGCCUGGAGCACGGCAUCCAGCCGGAUGGACAGAUGCCCAGCGACAAGACCAUUGGGGGAGGGGACGACUCCUUCAACACCUUCUUCAGUGAGACGGGCGCCGGGAAGCACGUCCCCAGGGCCGUCUUUGUGGACUUGGAACCCACAGUGAUUGAUGAGGUUCGGACCGGCACUUACCGCCAGCUCUUCCACCCAGAGCAGCUCAUCACUGGCAAGGAAGAUGCUGCCAAUAACUAUGCCCGCGGGCACUACACCAUUGGCAAGGAGAUCAUCGACCUGGUGCUAGACAGGAUCCGAAAGCUGGCCGACCAGUGCACGGGGCUCCAGGGCUUCCUCAUCUUCCACAGCUUCGGGGGCGGCACUGGCUCCGGAUUCACCUCCCUGCUGAUGGAGCGUCUCUCCGUUGACUAUGGCAAGAAGUCCAAGCUGGAGUUCUCCAUCUACCCAGCACCUCAGAUAUCCACCGCAGUGGUGGAGCCCUACAACUCCAUCCUGACGACCCACACCACCCUGGAACACUCGGACUGUGCCUUCAUGGUCGACAACGAGGCCAUCUACGACAUCUGCCGCAGGAACCUGGACAUCGAGCGCCCCACCUACACCAACCUCAACCGGCUAAUAGGUCAGAUCGUGUCCUCUAUCACCGCCUCCCUCCGAUUCGAUGGUGCCCUCAAUGUGGAUCUGACAGAGUUCCAGACCAACCUGGUGCCCUACCCCCGCAUCCACUUCCCGCUGGCCACCUACGCCCCCGUCAUCUCUGCAGAGAAGGCCUAUCAUGAGCAGCUCUCUGUGGCUGAAAUCACAAACGCUUGCUUUGAGCCAGCCAACCAGAUGGUGAAGUGUGACCCGCGCCAUGGCAAAUACAUGGCCUGCUGCCUCUUGUACCGUGGUGACGUGGUGCCCAAAGAUGUCAAUGCUGCUAUUGCCACCAUCAAAACCAAACGCAGCAUCCAGUUCGUAGACUGGUGUCCAACUGGCUUCAAGGUUGGCAUCAACUACCAGCCCCCGACGGUGGUUCCCGGUGGCGACCUGGCCAAGGUGCAGCGGGCCGUGUGCAUGCUGAGCAACACCACGGCCAUUGCCGAGGCCUGGGCUCGGCUGGACCACAAGUUUGACCUGAUGUAUGCCAAGCGGGCCUUCGUGCAUUGGUACGUGGGAGAGGGCAUGGAGGAGGGGGAGUUCUCAGAGGCCCGGGAGGACAUGGCUGCCCUGGAGAAGGAUUACGAGGAGGUGGGGACAGACAGUGUGGAUGGAGAAGGAGAGGAAGAGGAAGGUGAUGAAUACUAGAGGGUAAAUGUCCUGUUUGGAUGGCUGGGAAUCAGCCUCAUGUCUUCCUCACUGAUGCACUUGGGACGAUUGUCCACCUUAAAUAAAACA